AUGAGGCAAAUGAUCCGUGUUACCGGGUGGAGGUUGCUCAGCCUAGAAGAUAGCCGCCACUGUAGGCCUCGAUAUGCUGUUCAGUUGCUCCUGAGUCAUGAGUCAAAGGUUGCUGAUGAGAUUUCUAAAACUGUUGAUCUUGUCAUUGUACAUCAGUGUCAAGGAAGAAGUGCACGUUCAGAACCAAAAUGCAAACCUGGGAUGCCCACUCCAUUUCCCAGUGGCUAUUUCUUGAAAGAUAUUUGGAACCCUGUUUUCUGUAAACUGCCUCCAUUAAGCCUCAUAUCGCACGCUGAAACACAUUUGACCAGAAAAAUGGUUUAUCUCUUAGGAGAUUCUACUCUUCAUCAGUGGAUGCUUCGUUUCACAGAACUUAUUCCUGCACUACAAUUUUUUGACAUCCAUACAAGUCGUUGGGACAGUCCUUCCUUGGCACUAGACAUCAGCAAAAAUAUCUAUAUCCAUUGGAUGAAGCAUGGACACCCUUUUUUGUAUAAUAAUUUUUACACUGUAAAAAGCUACUCUUAUAUUGCCCAUGAAAUUGAUAACCUGUCUGGUGAUCCAGAUAAAAUUGUUGUCUUCACCCUUGGACACCAUUUCAGACCCUUCCCUCUCUCCCUGUUUAUCAGAAGAAUGCUCAGUAUAAGAAAAGCUGUGGAGCGUCUCUUCCUGCGCAGCCCAGGUACGCAAGUGUUCUUUAAAACAGAAAACAUUCGGGAGAAAGAAUGUGAUUCAGAAACAUUUAGUGACUUCAAUGGCUACAUACAGUAUAAUAUAUCCAAGACUAUAUUCAAGGGUUUAAACAUUGGUAUGAUUGAUUCAUGGGACAUGACUAAUGCUUAUGGUUCAUAUGAUCUACACCCAUGUGCUGAAAUUGUGAAUAAUCAAAUAAACCUAUUACUAGCCUACAUUUGUAAUAAAUAA